UGUUUUUUGUUUUUAUUUAUGUGACUCGUUAAGUGCUUUUUUGAGGUUCUGUAAGAUUUGCUCACAAUUUCGUAUGAAUUUUGCGAUUUUUUGUAUUUUAUGCUAAUUUUAGAGCUUUGAAAGUGUUUCCUGAUGGGGCAACAUUCGGUAAAGUGCUGAAAAUUUGAGUUCAACCAAACACAAACUAAAAAUGGAUCUCAACCUGUUUCCAAUCGAAAUUCUGGAAGAAAUACUAUCCUGGCUUUCCCUUAACAAUGUCCUCAAAGCCUCGUUAGUCUGCCACCGAUGGAACGGAGCAGCGGGCACGGUAAUCGCUCGCAAGUGCUGUCUCCGAAUAGAUAACUCAAUGCUAGCUCAUCAGGAAGUUCUAUCGAACAGUGGCCGAAACUACUACGCGAUCAGUAUCAAUGCCAUGGACAGUUGGGUGCAACUCCGGAUUAUUCUGGACUUGUGCGCUGCGAAAUUCACCCCACGCAAGUUCGAGCUCACGGGAAUCCUCGAGGACCAUCUGGACCGGUUUUACCAAACGUAUCGCGACUGGUUCGCCCACGUCGAGUGCCUCCAAAUUGAGCUGGACGAUCGCUUCACGGACUAUCUGGUGUGCGGCCAAGCGGACUACCGGCUGUGCUUGCCGAAACUGAGGCAUUUACGGUGGAGAGAGUGUCUGUACGGCGCGGGGGAGAAGACCGUUACAAUUGAAGCGCCCAAUUUGAAAUCGGCGAUCGUUGAGGAUAGCUUAGACGCGACGGCAAUUCUAAGACUUCCAACUUGUGACAAGCUGACGGAAAUCAAAAGUAUGCUGUACACGAAGCAUUUCACGGACACGUUUACGGGAACGUUGUCGAGUUUGCGCAAACUUGUGCUCGAUUUCGCCAACGAAAACUACGAUCUCAGCUUUUUUGCCCAGUUACCCAACCUUCGGUGGUUAGAGUUGAGCAUAUACUUUGGAGAAAUGACCUGGAAACAUCUGCAGGCCAUCUGUGGGUGUGGCUUGCUGGAAAGCUUACGAAUCUGUGUGAAAGAUUCCGUUAAUCGACGAGGUGCGCUCAAUUUGGCAACAAUUUGCAAUGGCUUACCGAAACUUGAGCAGCUGGAAUUGGCGGGACUGGAUCUGAUCUUCUCGGAUCCCGUGCGUAGUGAAAACCUCAAAAUCCUGAAACUGAAAGAUGUCAACUUUUGGGAUAGUGAAUGCACGUUAAAUUUAACAGCUCCCGCGCUAGAGUCAUUGUCGCUUCCGGUGGGAGUAUUGUCGAAGACCUUCCUCGAAAAAAACGGCGUCAGCAAACUUUUUGUCGAUCUCGGCGCAAGAAACCUGGAAGAAACUUUCCAAAUGUUCUUGAGCGCUUUUCUGCUGCAACACGACACCGUACGAGAGCUGAUUAUCCUGAACCCCAACUACAAAAGCAGCAUCAGGUUCAACACCAUCCCGAAAGACUUUGUGCCACACAUCGAAAAGCUUCAGCUGCGUACGCUUUGCGUGAGCAUCGAUUUCUUCCAGCAAAUUUCCAAGUGGAAAACUUUAAAGCACCUCUCGCUGGUUGGCUGCACGAUCGGAUGUCACGAGGCGGUGGAAACUGUGCAUCUGGACAAUGUGACUACGCUGCACGUGGACUGUGUAAAGCUGAGCAAUUCCCAGCUGGUGAGGUUCCCCAUCACCGUCGCCAACGGGGCUGAAGAAAUGGAGACGGAGGCGACGGUUGUUGGUCAUCGGAUGGGGCCGACGAUGGUGUUUAGGAGUACAAAUUUAACCGAUUCGGAGAUGCGCUUGCCAACGUUUGGGAGUAAUGGGAUCGAUCGGAGAAGUGGUCCACUGUGAAAUAAACAGCUAGUCAUUCAAGCGAACAAAUCGAACGACACGCUGUUCGUCAACCUGGACGCGACCAGCUUCGCCAAAGCC